AGGAAUCGUGCCAGUCAGUCCAGUCGGAGUUUAAUUCAGAAUCGAAAAGGUUUUCGUCGGCUUGAGAGCUUUGUGAAUUGUGAAAUUGUUGUUUGGAGUUUUGUUUGUGUUUCUCGAUUUUCAUUUUUCAUUUUUCAGUUUUCGAUUUUUGUUAUUUGUUCGAAAUGGACCUGGACCUCCUUUCCAGUAAGGAGUCGUUGGACAAGUGCGUGGAGUUUGACCUGCCCCCGGUCGCGGUGGGCGACAGCACCCGCGGAUGCAUCAUCCGUAACCUGCGCGUUGCCAUUUCGGGCACGUUCCAGAGCAAACCGAAGGCUGCUGCUUCGGCCAAGAAGAACGCGACUCCUGGGCGUGGCACCACACGCGGCGGCAAGGCGACUCCUGGGCGUGGCACCACACGCGGCGGCAAGGCGACUCCUGGGCGUGGCACCACACGCGGCGGCAACGCGACGCCCGCAGCGGAGACCGGGGGACGUCCGAGUCGCAACAGCAGCAAGCAGAGCGCCCCUCCUGGUCGUCGCGCGAUUUCCCAAGGCCUGGACAACCCACCCGUCCGGGGGCGCUCUGUGGGAGGGUACUCGCUGCGCAGUCGCAGCGCUGUGUCGAUGGCCAGGGCCAGAGUGCUGAUCACAUCCUUGCCAGGCGAACGGCGGGAGGAGGACGCACCCCAAGGCCGCUGCUACGAACCGCAGAGACGCCGCUCGUACCUGGAUCUGGACCAGGAUCUGGCCCAGCUGAACUGGACCGGCCAUCAGGAGGAUGCUGGCCCACGCCACCCAUUCAGCGGCUCGGCUCGUCGCCAGGGCGGGCGGGUGGCGCCUCUCCACCCGGGCACCCGCAUGGAGCCCGCCGGGCAGAGCCACUCACAGGUGUCCGUGCCCCCCAUGGCACACUUCCGUCGGCUAUGCCGCGCUCUGGAUCGUCACUACAGUCCCCUGUCGCACUUCCUCGUGUUCCUGGCUGGGAUGCUGGCCACUCUGCUGUGCGUGGCCCUGACGCCCGCCAACCAAUAUCUCUAAAAAGACUUGCACUCGAACACUGAAAGGGGCAGCGGUUUCCACAACGGGCUGCAGAUACACCAUACACUACGCAAGAUACACGACACACGAUACCGAUACGUGCUUGAGUUCCAUCGCCGAUCGAAGACUGUUCUGCCCCACAAAUAUUUGCAUUGAAUAAACGAGGAGGAAUCUCCUUAAAGAAUUCCA